AUGGAGCUUUCAGUAGAAGAUACGUUUAAAAAUGAGUUAUAUAAGAAAUAUGAAUCUCUAGAAAAGGUACUUAUACCAAAACCAGAGUACUUUUUGUUGAUAAAUGAACAAUCAUCAGCUAAGUCACACCAAGGUUAUUAUCUUCUGUCCAAGUAUGAGAUUCUUCAGUGUGGUGAUGUUGAGAAGUUGAUAAGACGUCGCAAAUCCAACGAUGACCCGAUACAGUAUUACGUGCACAUCGAAGAGACAUUCGAUGUUAUCAAACGUGCCCAUAUUGCCACUGGCCACGGUGGUCGCGAUCGAAUGGUAAAGGAGUUAGGCAAGAAGUAUGCCAAUGUUACCAGGGAUUCUAUUGAACUGUUUAAGUCAAUGUGCAAUGACUGUCAGCGUAAACGUGUUCGACCGAUGACAAAGGGUGUGGUUGUCCGACCGAUCUUGUCUAAAGAGUUCUCCGCUCGUGGCCAAGUAGAUCUCAUCGAUAUGCAAUCGUUACCGCAUGGUUCUUUCAAGUGGAUUAUGGUGUAUCAGGACCAUCUUACAAAGUUCGUUGUUAUCCGCCCACUGACAUCAAAGCGAGCUGCUGAGGUUGCAUACCAACUCAUGGACAUAUUUCUGCUAUUCGGUGCGCCACAUAUAUUACAGAGCGACAACGGUUCCGAAUUUACAGCUCAAAUCAUUUCCGAUUUGAAGGAGUUGUGGCCAGAGCUAGUUAUAGUGCAUGGUAAACUGCGCCACCCACAGAGUCAAGAUUCUGUAGAACGUGCGAAUUAUGACAUUAAAGACAUGCUUGUUGCGUGGAUGAGUGAGAAUGAUACCGCUGAUUGGACUAUUGGUGUUAAAUUUGUUCAAUUUCGCAAGAACUCGAGUUUCAAUGCGGGAAUAAAACAGUCUCCUUAUGCAACCUUAUUUGGCAUCGAAGCCAGGAUUGGUUUGUCUUCCUCGUCGUUACCGCAUGAUGUUACCCAGAAGCUACAGACGGAAGAUGACUUACUAGCCAUUCUGUCCAGCAGCUCAACUCAACCAGACACUCAACCUCUACCAGAAAUGACUCAACCAACGAGCAGCAUAGACAAGAAAAGAAAGCUUGCAAUAGCCGCACAACAGAAAAAAGCCGAGCGUGUUGUUAAGCGAAUGAAUGAAUGA